AUGAGUAAAAUAUUUAGUCAAAGCUUAACUAAUGAUGGGAAUAAUAAUGAGGAUGAGGAUGUAGAUGAUGAUUCUGACGAUGAUCAAAAUUUUAAUUCUGAAUGUAAUACAAAUAGUGAGGAGGAAGAAGAUGAUGAUAGGUAUAUUCAAAAUAUUUUGGUCGAACAACCAUAUAUCAAGGUGAAAGCUAUACUGGCAUAUUUGGUAGAAAGAUUUAGUAUAACAGCAAUAUAUAAGAAGGUGUGGAAAGCAAAGCAAAAGACAAUUGCUAAUGCUUUCGAAGAUCGUGAUGAGCCAUAUAAGAAACUCUAUGACUUCAUGCAUGUUGCAGUGACCUUAAAUAAGAGGUCUGUAUGGGACAUUGAGAAUGAGGAGUGUUGCAUCAAUAAUCGACUAAGUCGUGGCGUCAAACAGCUUAAGAGGAUGUUUUGGUCAUACAAGCCUUGUAUUGAAGGAUUUAAGCAUUGUAAGUAUGUGUUAUACAUUGAUGUUACAUUCUUUUUUAGAAAAUACAAGAGCGUAUUGCUGACUGCUGAAGCAAUAAGUGGUAAUAACAAGAUAUUACUAGUUGUCUUUGCUAUUAUUGAAAAUAAAAGUAAGGAUAACUAG